GGAAGGAAGGAGGGAAGAAGGGAAGGAAGGAAGAAGGGAGGAAGAGAGAGAGAGCGAGAGCAAGAGAAAGCAGAUAGAAAGAGAAAGGGAGAGGAAUGAAGUGUGGAACUGACAUAGGGAGGAAAGGUGGUUAUCAUAUCAUCUUUCACUGUUAAUUUCCCGUCAACCUUUGCGGAAAAGACAGGUCGAAGAGACAGACAGCAGACAGCGGACUCUAGCGAGCGAGACUUGGAACUUGAGGUUCCGAUGGGCCAGAGGACAUCGCGUUUGUGUGCGAGAGCAUCUCAGCGCGAGGCCCAUCCUUAUUCUUCGUUCUUUGUGCUAGGCUCGCCACCUUCUUGCUCGAAAGAUGGCGACUCGACGCAAGAUGUCAAUGAGUAGUCUGCUGGGCGACGUGCGGAAGAAGGUUGGCCGCAAGAUGACAAUUCACGACCCGUCUUCCGUGGCGUCGCUGGUCGGCUCCCUCACGCACCUGCGGGUGCUCGAGGAGGACGCCCGUCGAGGCCGCGCCAGCUCCGAGCCUCCCGUUACGGUGCCAGAUACCCACAGCGACUGUUCUUCCGACGAAAAGGAGUUGGAAGAAGACACUGCGAUAGAACCAGAGCAUGAUGAGGACGACGAGAGCGAUGACGAUGAAUUUUACAUCGCCUACAUGAUGGAGAUGCAGGAAGGAGACUGCUCAUUCAUGAACGGUGAGCUUAGCUGCUGCUGCCACGUGAUGCUGCGAGGCUCGCUGCGUGGGUCUGGCCCCGAAGACCUGCUCUGCUGCACUCCCUCACGGGUCAGCUGUGCUGUGCCCACUAGGCCUAUUGUAACAAGUGCUGCUUCAGUUUGA